GAACUACACCUUUAUGCACAUCCCUGUGUGUCUUAGUUAAAUUUAGGAUCAUAUCUUCUUCUUCUUGGUCUAUAUUUGAAAAUGAAGGUCUCAUAUUCAACACUGUGCAUCGUGCUUACCUUGGUCGCAAUAGCUGAGACAGAGUUGCGUGUGACAGCAGUGACAUGCAAUGCGUGGCAGCUGAGUGCAUGCGCGAGUGCCAUUACCUCAUCGAAUCCUCCUUCAUCUGUUUGUUGUAGCAAACUGAAGGAACAAAGGCCUUGCCUUUGCCAGUAUUUGAAAGACCCCAACCUCAAGAAGCUCGUUAACUCUCCCAAUGCCAGGAAAGUUGCUAAUGCUUGUGGUUCCCCAUUCCCCACUUGCUAGAUAUACACUUCACUAUGUUUCACUUCAACUAUUAUUAGGUUUGUCGGAGUAUCUUAUGUGUGUUUUUUCUAUGUAAUGUACUCUGUUUUGUUUUUUAUCACAUGAAGUGGGACAGCCUCCUCUGGUUGUCCCAGAGUUUGGUGUGGUUGUUUCUGCGUCACACUUUCUCUUAGAGAUUUUAAUGUUGUAAUGUACUAGCUGUGAUGUGCACCUAUCAAUGAAUGUGUAGUUUAAGUUUGUUUGCUGAUAUGAACGCCAAGCUUUUACCUGUUCCAUCGUACAAAUAAUUUU